AUAUAAAUAAAGUAAAAUACUAAAAAAUUAAAUAUUUAAUAAUUGAUCAUACAAAAAAGAUUGCUAAUUUUUACGAAUCUUACAAUGUAAACAAACUAAAAGACUGAAGAAUCUCUAGAACGUCCUUAGUAUCGUAUAAGGAACAGCACUUCACAGUAGCUUAAAUAGACUAAUCGGAACAGAGAUUCACCAUAUAUUGAUAAUACAAAGGAUAUUAAAACUAAAAAUUAGUAGUCAAAUUUGACUUUAAAAAAUGAAGCUCAAAAAUUAUCUAACCAAAAAAAUAAUGCAAAUUAGCUAGAAAUAAACGAUCAUUUAGAAAAAGUAGCUUUUCUCUUGAAAAAAAUUAAUGGAAAUGAAGCAUCUUCUAUAAAAACAUAAAGUUCAGUUUCAUCAUCUAAUGUACUAGCUAAAAGAUAAAGAGGAGAACUUAACUAAAGAUUAAAUACAACUACAUUAAAUAAUUUAUCGAACUACAAUAAUUACAUGCACGACUCUAAAAUACUUGAUAAAUCUAUGUUUACUAAGCAACAAGCUGUUUAAAAUACUAAUAGUAUUGGUUCUAUAUCCAUCCUUAAAGGAGGUAAGUAAAAGUAGACUGAAAAAAGUAGGAUUUUAAAAGAUGGUCAGGAUAAUUCUGUUUUUUAAAAUUAAAAAUACUCAUAACAAACAAGGUUUGCUUCUAUGGAAGAAUUUUAGCCUUCACAAGUAAACUUUUCAGUUUAGGAUAGAUAAAAUGUUUCCAUAGCUCAAUAACUUUAACUUCAUCUUCAAUAAUCUGCUUAAGCUAAUUAGAACGCUAAAGAAUAUAUAAAUGUAUAACCGACCAAAAACAAUUAAAAUCAGGCAAAUAUUUAAAUUGGAUAAAUUAGAAGAACUCUUUCAGAAAAGUAAAAGAAUGAAGGUCUAUAAAUUGAAGAAACACUAGGAAAUAGAGAAUUAAAUUAAAGGUUUGUUGAAUCUAGAGAGAGCUAAAAUUUAUAAGAGGAAUAGGAGGAGUUUAAAGAUUUUAAUGUAAAUGAUGAAGAUACUUAUAAAAUAGACUAUUUAAACACAAAUUUUACAAAUAAAAGUCAAUAUACAUCAAAGAACUUAUUCACAAAUAGUGAUUCAAGAUUUAAGCAAAUCAACUAACUUAAAUAGAAAAAUAGCUAUUUAGAAAAUAUUAUUUCUGAGUUAAAGAGCGAAAUAAAUGAAGUUGAUGAAUUUAAAGCUGUCUUAGAUAAGUUUGAAAGUAAAAAAAAUAGAAACGAAGAUGAGUUGAUUUCUAGUAUUGAUCAUGAAAAAAGAAUAAUGCUUCUUAAAGCUUAAAUUCAUAAAUAACAAAGACAUAUUAAGUAGUUAAAUUUAGUUCUUAACUCUUCAAGAAAAUGCUUUAAAGAAGUUCUUGAUGUUUGUUACUUUUUAUUGGAUAAUAUUACUACAGAAAAAAAUGUAUAAUUUAAUUCCCAAUCUUAACACAAAAGUUCAAUGCAAAACUAAUUAUAUUAUUAAAAAGGAGUUCAAAAAUAAAAUAAUUCAUAAUCUAAAUAAUAAGGCCAAAAUUUCAUGAAUUAAGGACAGCCAAUAGGAAGUAAUGGAACAAAUAUUAACAAUAUAAAUUAACCUAACAGUGGUAAUUAAACAUAAAGAGGAUCCUAAAAUGUAGGCGAUGCAAUCGAACCCAAUUUGCCUAAAACUGAAGAGGCUAUGCAAGUAUUUUUCAAUUAAAUAAGCUAAAACCAAGCUCAUAAGCAGCUGUAUUCCGUCUUAAUAGGAGUAGAAGAUCGUCGUAAAUUUGUGGAUAACUUUAAUGCUGCAUUUUCAAAAGUGAUGUCAUUCUAAUAUAAAAGUGAAGAGUUUAAAAAGUUGUUUUCAAUAAAAAGAAAUAAACACACUCAAUAAGCAGAAAUUAAAUUUAAUCAUCCAAUUCGUUUAUUUUUUGACUAAUUCCACAGCUGCUUUCCUGUACAUACUUUGUUUGAUUAUUUAGACUCAACUUAAUAGUAAAAUACUCACAAUAAGCUAGUUACAAUUAUGAGUUUGUUGAGAAAAACAGACAGAGCCUUUAAAAAAAUUAAAACUUAUUAAUUAUUUAAACACAAUCCUAUUUGCUUUAGAGAAUAAGGAGGGAUUGGAGAUAUUUCUAUUCCCAAUUUACUUCUUGAAAAUCAAAAAUUGUUUUCUGAUUUCUUACAAUCGAGAGGAUAUCAGAAAACAAUUUCUUUAAAUUUUGAUAGAAUAAUGAAGGUAGAAUCUUCUCUUGGAUAGCUGCUAGAUAAAAUCUAAUCACAUAUGGCCUAGCUUUAGUUAAGAGGAGAAUAUUCAUAAGAAUUGAGUGAUUUGGUUUAAAACUUGAGGAAAGGUUGUGAAGAUUUGUUAUGUUUAGGUGUUAUGAUACCGAAUGAUCAAGGAAGUUUUUAACAAAGAGUAGCUAUUAUGGCUGAAAAAGAACAAAAAAAAUUUAGUACAUAGAUCGAUAGUUAAAUGAGCUUAGAUCUUAAUUAGAAUCAGUCUUAAAACCCAGGUAUAGAAUGGUUUAAUUAUGAUUAAAAAAUGGAUUUGCAUACUGAAUUCAAUGAAAAAAAGGCUAUUCUCUCUAUAUUUUUUGAUGAGCUAAGUUCAGCUUCGAGUGUAAAAGACUAUAAAACAUGCUCUGAAAUUAUUUUAAAAAUAGGGACUCUUUUAGAUUCAAUUAAAAAUAUUUUUGAAAUAAAAGAAAAUGUAAUAAAACUGAAAGACUUUGAAAUAGCGUAUCUUAAAAACUAGUAAGCUAUGCGAGUCGCAGACUAGCAAGCUGCAUAAGAAUUUAUAGAAUAAAUUCAAGGAUAGAUACAUUAAUUAUUAUAGCCAAUAAAUUAAAAGCUAAAUAUAGUUGUGAAUGCUUUUACUCAAUUAAUUGAUCACUCAAAUAUGCUUGAUAUUGCUCAGAGAUAAAAUUUGAUUUACACAUUUAAGAAAAAUAUGAAGGAAAUUUUAGAAAAUAUUAAGAGGAUUCUAACAAACUAAUUUUAAAAUAACCAAAUUAACAUCUUAACUCUUGAACAACAAUUUUAAUAGAGAGUUUCGGUUGCAUUAUAAAGAUACAAUAAGCUAAAGCCAAUAAUUUCAAAAACAUUGAUAAUUUGA